CCCGAAUGAGAUGCUAGUUGCAAUUAAAAAAAUACGCGGGGAGUCUUUAAUAAAGUAAAAUCAAAGGAGAAGACAAUAACGGGUUGCCGAACCAGCAAAGUCAAAAGCGGUCAUUUUUAGUCUGGGCGGUCAUUUACUAAGCAGAUUUCUUUGCCAAAAAAAAAAAAGAAAUUAACCUAAACAAAAAUUACAAUUCCCCCUUUUCUUAGUUUUUCCCCAUUUGAAGCAAUCAAUUUUCAUUGUUAUCUGUUUUAUUGAAGGUUAAAUCUUUGAAAGAUGGAAUCAAAUGCACCGGAAUUUGAUUAUUUAUUCAAAUUGUUGAUGAUUGGUGAUUCCGGUGUCGGAAAGAGUAGUCUUUUAUUGAGUUUCACCUCUGAUACUUUUGAAGAUCUUUCUCCAACGAUUGGUGUUGAUUUUAAGGUCAAGUAUGUAAAUCUUGGGGGUAAAAUGCUGAAGCUUGCCAUUUGGGAUACAGCUGGUCAAGAAAGAUUCAGAACAUUAACAAGCUCAUAUUAUAGAGGAGCACAAGGAAUUAUCAUGGCGUACGAUGUAACGAGGAGGGACACAUUUACCAAUCUAAAGGACAUAUGGUCAAAGGAAAUUGAUCUCUAUUCGACUAAUCAAGAUUGUAUCAAGAUGCUUGUUGGAAAUAAAGUUGAUAAGGAGAGUGAAAGAGUUGUCACUAAGAAGGAAGGGAUAGACUUUGCUAGAGAGUACGGAUGCUUAUUUAUUGAAUGUAGUGCAAAAACUCGUGUAAACGUGCAGCAAUGCUUUGAGGAGCUUGUGUUGAAGAUCUUAGAGACACCUAGCCUAUUAGCUGAGGGCUCAGCCAGUGGAAAGAAAAACAUCUUCAAGCAAAAACCGCCUCCGGCUGACGCAUCUGCAAGUGGCUGUUGCUGAUCCUGCUGGUAUACAACCUCAAAGUUCUUUGCCUUUUUUCCUUCUGUGUGGCUCAGGGCUUUAUAGCUUUUUAAUGUAUAUUUUAUGUCUCGAUUAAUUGAAAGUCUUGAAUAAAGUCCAACUUGUUUGUAAUCUUUUCGGUUUUUGUUUCUCACCUCGAUACAAGUACACUACUAUCCCGUCUUGAUGUUUUUCCUAAUGACUUAAUAUGAAAUUUGGCUCUGAUACUAA